CUCACAGUGGGCAGUUAGAAACCUGAAAAAGCUCACCGUCUCUUUCUUCCAUCUCCAUUAAAACCUUCCUUCACCAACUCCAUCCAUUUAUUCCAACCAGAGAGAGAGAGAGAGAAUGGCCAGUGAAGAUCCGGAGAACAGAGGAGAUAAAAGCAGAGGUAGUAAUAAUGGUUACUCAACAUCAUCCUCAUAUCCAAUAGAAGAAUCAGAGACCCAAUGGACAUCUUGGUUGGUGCCCAUGUUUGUAGUGUUCAAUAUCGCCAUGCUUAUUGUGGUCAUGUACGUCAACGAUUGUCCCAAAAAUAAUUCUGGGUUGUAUGGAAACUGUGUAGCCAGGUUUCUUGGACGCUUCUCAUUCCAGCCUUUGAAAGAGAAUCCUCUCUUUGGCGCCUCUUCUUCCACAUUGAAGAAGUUGGGAGCUCUUGAGUGGGAUAAAGUGGUUCAAAGGCAUCAAGGAUGGAGGCUUGUCACUUGUAUGUGGCUGCACGCUGGUGUCAUUCAUCUGCUUGUGAACAUGCUCAGUUUGGUCUUUAUCGGAAUUCGCUUAGAGCAGCAAUUCGGCUUUGUGCGAAUCGGAAUUGUCUACCUCUUAUCUGGCUUUGGAGGGAGCAUACUUUCUUCUCUAUUUAUUCAAAAUAACAUUUCUGUGGGCGCCUCUGGUGCUCUUUUUGGACUUCUUGGAGCAAUGUUGUCAGAACUUCUCACGAAUUGGACUAUUUACACUAACAAGGCUGCAGCUCUGCUUACUCUUUUGGUCAUCGUUGUCAUAAACCUUGGCAUUGGAAUUUUGCCUCGUGUCGAUAAUUUUGCACACAUUGGUGGCUUUUUGACUGGUUUUCUACUUGGCUUUGUUUUGCUGCCUCGUCCUCAGUUUGGAUGGUUGGAGCAGCGAAAUGUUCCUACUAGUACUGUUCCUAUAGUCAAAUCCAAAUACAAGCCUUACCAAUAUGUUUUAUGGCUCAUUUCCCUGGUUUUCCUGAUUGCGGGGUUUGUUGUUGCAUUGGUUAUGCUCUUUCGUGGAGAGAAUGGGAACCAUCAUUGUCGUUGGUGUCAUUACCUCAGUUGUGUUCCUACCUCUAAAUGGGAUUGUGAUGAAAUUAAUUAAGAUACAUUUAUAGCCUUUCUCUUUCAUCAUUCAUGCUUGAAUUUAUAGUUUGCAAGACUCCUGAAUACUAGUGAUGUACAUGUUUAUAUAACUUUUAGUUUGUUUAUAUAUUUGAGCUUGUUUUGUGACAAAAUAAAAAUUACCUAAACAAUUACUUGGCGU